AUGCUUGUCCAGAACAUGGCCACAGCUGCUUUAGCAGUUUCGUUGGCGUCGAAUUUUGUCAGUGGACAAACGGUUUCAAACGACGACGUUACCACCACCUACACCUCUACCAUUUUGGUGUACACGACGGAUUUGAGCAGAGACCAAAAACAACCUGUCGCGUACGAUCUCUCAGUGUCAUCGAUCGGCGACGCAAGUUCUGCCAGUGCUGCCAGUGCUGCCAGUGCUGCCAGUGUCGCCAGUGUGGCCUCUGAGGCAUCUGCAUCUGCCUCUGCAGUCUCUGUUAGCUCCGUCAGCUCAGUUUCGGCGGCUUCAGCAGCCUCAGCGGCCUCGGUGGCUUCGGCAAAACAACAGCUUCUAGCCUCUGUAUCGUCAGCCAGUGCUGCCAGCAUUUCUUCAGCUGCCUACUAUCAAUCGUUGGCAUCUGUAUCUCAGGCUUCGUUGUCCUUGGCGUCCGAGUCUCAGGCUUUUGCGUCUCGGGCUUCAUCGUCUCUGGUCUCAGCAUCCCAAGCCUCAGCAUCCCAGGCUUCCGUUUCCCAGGCUUCUGAGUCACAAGCUUCUGCAUCUCGCGCUUCAGCAUUCCGCGCGUUUGCUUCCCAGGCUUCUGCAUCUCUGGCCUUCGCAUCGAAUGCAUCCACUUCCACAGCUUCUGCUUCUCAGAAGACGAGACAGUUGGUUGAAGCAUCGGGCCAGGUUGCCAUCGCUUCAUCGAACAUGACGAGCUCCUCUUUCUCUUCACUUUCCUCCUCUUCGGUGUCUCUCUCAACCACUACCGGUGUGUCAUCAAAAGUCACAGGUUCCGUAUCUAACGGCCAAACCGUUUCUUCCUCAAUGUCUCGCAACACCUCAAGCACUGCUUCGAGUCACGGCGCUGGAGCCCUUCUAACCACCAACGGCCUAUUGCUAGGAGUCGCGGGCGGUGCUUUGCUGGGGCUACUAUGA